CGACUUCUGUGGUGUCGACACGUGUCCCGUUUCACAAAACGCAUCACUUCAUUUUCGUCUGAAAUCUGAUGGGCUCCAACUGUGGGCUUUUAACGUAAAGCUUAAAAUUUGUUCCGCUCCGAUGAACACCGGCGGAAGAACCAACAGACUGUCGUGACAUCGUAGAAACCAGGUGUCCAAGCCAGUUCGAAGCUCCUUCAACACUUGCCGUCAGAUUCAGCCACCGUCGGAGGAGUCCCGCGGCCACCUGCGCCGGAAUCGAAAAACCUAAGCGCCUGAAAACCUUAACCACGGCAGUCGCGUCGAGUCGUCUCCACCUCUCAAGUCCGACUAGACACACGCAUCUUCUUCUUUCACGGAGGCAAGGAGAAGUCACACCAGAAGGAACACAGCCCAUGAAACUGCCAUCCCCGGAAAGGAACCUCCGUCGGUGACAACCCUCACUUCAAUCGAGACACAAACCCUAGAUCUCGAUGUCUAACCCGCGGAACCAGACCUCCUCUCCGUCGUCCUCAUAACAGAGCGUGGAGGCCAUGGAUACUGGCGAGCCACCAAGACCACCGAGCCUUCCUAGAGGUCACAGCACCAAGUGACCUUUUGAUUCACCGUGAGAGAGAAAAAGAGCGCCUCAUAAUUAAUUUGCCAUGACACCAUGUUCUUGAAGUAGUUAACUUUUCGGUUCAUAAUUUCCCAUUUUGAUGUAAGAAUGUGGCACUGUCAUGGUUCAGAAGGUGAUAGUGAUACUGAAAGAAUCUCAAAUCUUUCGUAUCCGUGGAGUUUAAAACCUCUGAUUACAAGAAAGAGUGAAGCUGGCAGCGCUCUACAUGCACCGAGCAAAGAAGGAGACGUCGUAAUCCAUUCCCAACAUUUGAAGUCCUUUACGUUAGACGAGCUAAAUAAUGCUACAGGAAACGUCUGUCCAGAGAGUCUCAUUGGAGAAGGAGGGUUCGGGUUUGUUUACAAGUGUUGUAUUAAUGGUGGACCUCGAAUCGACCUCGCUGUUGCUGUUAAGAUGCUUAAAACUGAAGGGUUUCAGAGCCACAAGGAGUGGCAGAGGGAAGUGAAUUAUCUAGGGAGAUUGCAUCAUCCAAAUCUGGUGAAAUUGAUUGGCUACUCUUUGGAAGACGAGAACUGUCUUCUUAUCUAUGAGUAUAUGCCUAAUGGAAUCUUUGAAAAUCAUUUGUUUGAAAGAGGUUCCAAUGUGCUUUCUUGGUUACUACGUAUGAAAAUCGCGAUUGGUGCUGCUCGAGGACUAUGUUUCUCGCAUGAUGCUAAGAACCAAGUCAUUUAUAGAGACUUCAAAGCAUCAAAUAUCCUUCUUGAUUCAGGAUUCAACGCCAAACUCUCAGAUUUUGGACUGACCAGAGAAGGUCCAAAAGAUGACCGUUCACACGUGACAACUGCAGUCAUUGGUAUACAAGGUUACACAGCUCCAGAAUAUCUACCCAGUGAAAGCAACAGGCUGCCGUACAGGUUCACGAAGACACAGGAGGUAGCAUCCCACUAAUUAUCAUCCACUUUAAUGCUUCAGCAACAACAUCAUUUGCAAAACUACAAUCAGAACUAUGUUGAGAGUCUUCACUCUGUUUUCAUUUUUACAGUUGGUCCACAGAAGACUCUUAUUUUAUACGUAGAAACAUAUAAAAAUAAUAGUAAUAGAUUGUACACCCAUAAUAUUGCUAGGUCAAAACUAUACAUCCAAAAUUCUGAUGUAAGGACAUGUAUAUCAAUCAAUAAUCAUUAUUAAAUUUCAAAAAUAA